CGGCCAUGAAGCCCCCAGGGCCAGAGGAGGCCCGGCAGCGGGCCUCGGACAUCCGCGUAUUUGCCAGCAGCUGCACACUGCAUGGGCUGGGCCACGUCUUCGGGCCAGGCAGACUGACCGUGCGCCGGGGGCUGUGGGCCGUGGCCAUGCUCCUGUCGGUGGCCACCUUCCUCUACCAGGUGGCUGAGAGGGUGAGCUACUACCAGGAGUUCCACCACCAGACGGCCCUGGAAGAGCGAGAAAGCCACCAGCUCACCUUCCCAGCAGUCACCCUGUGCAACAUCAACCCGCUGCGCCGCUCGCGCCUCACGCCCAAUGACCUGCACUGGGCUGGACCCGCGCUGCUGGGCCUGGACCCCGCUGAGCACACGGCCUUCCUGCGUGCCCUGGGCCGGCCCCCCGCACCGCCCGGCUUCAUGCCCAGUCCCACCUUCGACGUGGCACAGCUCUACGCCCGGGCUGGGCACACCCUGGACGACAUGCUGCUGGACUGCCGCUACCAAGGCCAACAGUGUGGGCCCGAGAACUUCACUGCGAUCUUCACCCGGAUGGGGCAGUGCUACACCUUUAACUCUGGCGCCGAUGGGGCAGAGCUGCUCACCACCACCAAGGGUGGCACUGGCAAUGGGCUGGAGAUCAUGCUGGACGUGCAGCAGGAGGAGUAUCUGCCCAUGUGGAAGGACAUGGAGGAGACCCUGUUGGAGGUGGGGAUCCGCGUGCAGAUCCACAGCCAGGAGGAGCCGCCCCUCGUCGACCAGCUGGGCUUUGGGGUGGCCCCCGGCUACCAGACUUUCGUGGCCUGCCAGCAGCAGCAACUGAGCUUCCUGCCACCGCCCUGGGGUGACUGCAGUUCCGUUUCUCUGGAUCCUGACUUUGAGCCUGAGCCCUCUGACCCCCCGGAUCCCCGGAGCACCAGCAGCAGCCCUCCCUAUAGCCUAAUGGGGUGUCGCCUGGUCUGCGAGACCCGCUACGUGGCUCGGAAGUGCGGCUGUCGAAUGAUGCACAUGCCUGGCGGCGCGCCAGUGUGCAGCCCCCAGCAGCACAAGGACUGCGCCAGCGCGGCCCUGGACGCCAUGCAGCGUAAGGACGCGUGCGCCUGCCCCAACCCCUGCGCCAGCACGCGCUACGCCAAGGAGCUCUCCAUGGUGCGGAUCCCGAGCCGCGCCGCCGCCCGCUACCUGGCCCGGAAAUUCAACCGCAGCGAGGCUUACAUCGCGGAAAACAUGCUGGUCCUGGACAUCUUCUUUGAGGCCCUCAACUACGAGGCGGUGGAGCAGAAGAAGGCCUACGAAAUGUCAGCGUUGCUAGGCGACAUUGGGGGCCAGAUGGGGCUGUUCAUUGGGGCCAGCCUGCUCACCAUCCUUGAGAUCCUAGACUACCUCUGUGAGGUGUUCCAAGACCGGGUCCUGGGGUAUUUCUGGAAUCGAAGGCGCUCCCAAAGGCACUCCAGCACCAACCUGCUUCAGGAAAGGCUGGGCGGCCAUCGAAGCCAAGUUCCCCACCUCAGCCUGGGCCCCAGGCCUCCCACCCCUCCCUGUGCUGUCACCAAGACUCUCUCCGCCUCCCACCGCACUUGCUACCUUGUCACUCGGCUCUAGACCUGCUGUGUUUUUGGGGCCACACCUUGGCAUUCUGGACAUGCCCAGCCUGCAGAGCUUUGCCAUCUUCACCCCAAUAAAGUCCUAAUGCAUCA